AUGGGCCAACAAGUAUCUCGUACCGGCAUACCGAGCCACGCGGACUGCUACGGAGCGCCCAUCUACGCGACCAGUCUCAGCCACGAUCGGCAGACGGAGGUCCGUGUGAGCGGUGACUCGGACACCGUUCAGAUAGGCCCGCGGGCGCAGCUGCCGUAUCUCGACUUGGCCAGUACGCGCCGACAGGACUUGUUCCGGCAAUUAGGUCUCGUGGUGAAGACCCGUGGGAACCGAAUUACGCAGAACGCCGAAGUCGUGAUCACGGAUUUCUACCGACUGGACGGCAAGCGCUUUGUGUCGCGAGACCACGACCAGGGGCCCAAGCUGACGGACUGGCGAGGGCUGAAAGGGCCGGCUGAAGCCAGUUGUGGCCUGCGCGUGGGGGACACGCUCUACGCUAUCAACCACCGACUGGUUAUGAAUAAAUCCAAGAGGCAGGUACUGCGGCAGAUCAAUUCGCUGCUUGAAAAGGGUGACGGCGGUACUGUGGUCCUCACGUGGAAGCACACGGAUGAAAUUGAGGCCGUGUGCUGGGAAAAUGAGUUGUGCAUGCCGCCACCGGAGGGCGUGUACACACAGGCGGAGAACGAAUGGGGACCCGCGCGACCAAGCAAAAUCUCCUCUGUUUCGAUCUAG